CCUUCCACUCUCACUCUCUCAUCGUACGUCGAUGGCGGAAUACCACCGGCAGCCGCACAACUAUGGAUACCAGCAGCAACACCACCCCAUGGACACCACCAAGGGCCAACACUACAACCAACAAUCUACAUCAAAACUCUUAGCAGUCCUGACACUCUUCCCCGUUGGUGGCGUCUGCUUCCUCCUCGCUGGUCUCACUCUCACCGUAACCCUAAUCGGCAUCGCCAUCGCCACCCCGGUUUUCGUCAUAUUCAGCCCUAUCCUAGUCCCAGCGGCCCUAUCCAUCGCAUUGGCGAUCACAGGAUUUAUAACAUCUGGAGCUUUCGGAAUCACGGCCUUGUCUUCCCUGACCUACAUCUUCAACUAUUUCAGGAAGACGGGUGGCAGCAGUAGCAGUGGCAGUGGUGUGUCGCUGCAAGAUUCGAUGGAUUAUGCAAAGCGGAGGGCUCAGGACACAGCUGGAUAUGUGGGUGAGAAAGUGAAAGAUGUGGGCCAAAGGACCCAAGACUCUGCUGCUAGGGCCUAAUCUGUAUCUAUAAGUCUAAGCUUCGAGUGUUCACCUGUGGUGGAUUUCAUGUUGAUGUUGUUUGAAUAAAGAAUGAUGUUGCUUUCCUGUUGUUACUUC